AUGCCAUUCGGAUUCAAACACGGCAAUCGUUCAAAGCAGGCGUUGAACGAUCCCGCAGCCCAAGGCCAGGUUCAGGGAACUCAAUCUCCGUCUGGUGAUGGUUCUGGUUCAGCCUCCCCCAUCCCGAACUCCAACUUCUCGACAGACGAGCUUCCCCAACGACAACCCUUCAACCAACAAUCGCGAGAAGGACCAUACGCUGCGCAGACCAUAGCACCAGACAUUGAUCCACGGACACAGCAGAGGGCUGGAGAUUUUCCCUCGAGGUCCCAAUCAACAAGACACCAUAGCGCCUACCCGCAUCAACCACCGAGUGGCUCUUCGUCCAGUACGGAUGAUCUAGCUCUCAACUCUCGAAAUCAACAGAGACACGGAGGGGCGCAACUACCCCCUGCGGUCGAGCAAAAGAAAAGCAAAAGUCUCUUUGAUCGUAUGCGAUCGAGCAAGCAUUUGGACUCGAAGACACCCCCUGCAACACAACAAGCUUCGUACAAUAACACCACUGGGCUUGCUCGCAGACUCUCAAAGCGUCAAGAAAACCCCCCUGUCCUCCGUACAAAUCCACAGAGAACUUCUCUGGAACAGCAGAAGCUUGAUUGGCAGUCGGCACAGGAUUCGAGAUCGCACUUGCCCUCACCGCAAGAAGGUCACGACGACGACAGUGGACUCGAUCCAUACCUCAUAAGGGAAUCUGAUCACAGUGCUCCCAAUAGCGCUGUGAGAGAAGAAGGGCAUCACCAUACAAUUCGUCCGGUACAAGGUGAUUCCGAGCCACUGGGUUAUUCUCCGAACGACGAGCAACCUCACCAAUACGAGAAUCAGCAACAGCACUUACGCGAACAUAACCACCAGCAUACCGAUUCGGGCUCACAAAACUACUAUCAUUCACAAAUCCAGACUCAUCAGCCGAAAGUGAAUAUUUCCCCAACUUCACUCGUCACUGGAGAACAGUACCGACAUCAAAAUCCUGAAACUGUCUCGCAGCUAUCCUACGAGCCGGCAGACCAAAGAGAAGAACAGCGUCCAGUCUCUGUACAGUCGAACGGGCAAUCACCAACAAGUUAUCAGGCUCAACGGCAAGACUUCCCAAGCAGAACAUCUUCAGCUCCCCAAGGUCCACGACCUCUCUCACAAUACAACAUGCCAACAUCUAGUGGGACGUCUGCGAGUCGGAGAACGGGCGAUUCGAAGGCGCCGCAACCUGGGCAAGGACAGCCAGAGUCGAGGGAUGGGCCACCACCAAACUACAGCAGAGGGCAGUUUUCAAAUACUCAAGCCUCGGCUGCAGCAAUGAGCUCUAUCCCAGCAGGCUCUGCGCAAGGACCUGGCUAUCGAGGGGGCCCGCCACAAAGAGAAUAUAGCAAUACCGGUGGGGGAGAGCAGGGGCGGAAUACACCCCCUCCUGCACCAGGAGAUCGAGAGGUUACGGAGAUGUACAGAGAGCUAAUGGCCAAAUACAAGAAAGUAAAGGGACUGUAUUUUGAAAAGACGUCCCAGGUCGAGCAGUUACAGAAUACCCUUGCGAACCAGAGGCUAUCACAAUCGCGAACAUCCCUUGACGACAGCGAAUAUAUGACAAGGUUCCAACGGCUCGAAGGAGCUACAACUAAUUUGGCAUUCAAUAUUCGAAAGGACUGGCGGACAGUUCCUGCGUGGCUGUCACAAUCAGUCAAUCAAGAUGCGAUGAAGAUUGGAAAACAAGAAAUGACCGCUGUGGGCAGGGCCUGCAUAACCAAAUUUCUGGUUGAUGAAAUCUUCAAUCGAACCUUUCACCCAGGGCUUGAAGCCGAUCUGAGCACCAAUCUGAAAGCAGUGGAGCAGAACAUCCGUCGUUUCUCACCUGCGUUGAACAACAACGAGGAGUCUGAAGCAUUGACUGCAAAGGUGGUUCAAUGGAGAUUGGCCACUUUGGAAGGUCUCAGAGACGUACUUGGCUCGCCCGAAAGUGAAGAGUACAAGAAGCAGUUUUCUCGUAUGGCAACCACCAAUCUCACAGCAAGUCUGAUCAACUACCUGCAAGAGCCAGUGCCCGCAGGUAUUGAGGACAGCGCACACAUGAUUGUUGAGCUGGCAGUCAGCAUAGCUUCAAAUCUUCCAUUGGAGAGCAGAGACAUCUCAAUCUCAUAUCCAAUGCCAGGCGAUAUGAUCCAACCCUUGAUGAUGAAAGUCGAGGGCGCAAUCCCGGCGCUGGAUAACCCAGGCGCCGAAACAGCUGAUGCCGAUUCAGCCAGCACGGGAAGUGGGGACAAAGACGACAAAGAGGAGAAGUCGGAUGGUAAGAGUAGGAAAGAGAAAACAAAGUCGGGAAUGCUGUCAGCGAUGAUGGGUAGUUCUGGUGGAGCGAAUAGCAAGAAGCCGAGUAUCAGCGCCGCGUCCGGAGAGACGAGUAUCGAGAACAAAAAGCUGCCUACGGAGGAUGGUGCUCAGAAGGUGCGCUUUGCGGGCUUUGUAGCUGUGGAGGUAAGGGGACGACAGGUCUUGGUUAAGGCGCCCGUCUGGGCGAUCAGUUAG